GACGCAAUAUAUGUGCGACAAACCUUUAGAAGAAGUAGCUUUUUGAAAACACACCCUCGCGAAAAACAACGUUUAGCUAUUUUCAGUUUGACUAUUAUUGUUAUUGAUGAUGGAAGAAGAAUUUUAUGGAAAUCAAGGCGAUUGGGAUGGUCAUGACGGGGAGGAUGGCUACGGAGAGGGGACAGAGAAUGAUGACAAGGCUCAGGAGGACUGUCUGCAGAAGUUCUCCAGUCGAGAUUACAUCAUGGAACCGACCGUCUUCAACACUCUAAAGACCUACUUCCAGGCAGGCGGCUCACCGGAGCACGUGAUUCAGCUGCUGUCUGAGAACUACUCCGCUGUGGCUCAGACGGUCAACCUGCUGGCAGAGUGGCUCAUUCAGAUGGGUGUGGAACCAGCACAAGUGCAGGAGCGUGUUGAGAACCAUCUGAAAAGUCUGCUGAUUAAACACUUUGACCCCCAGAAAGCCGACUCCAUCUUUACAGUGGAGGGAGAGACCCCUGCUUGGCUGGAACAGAUGAUUGCACACACCACCUGGAGAGAUCUGUUCUACAAACUCGCUGAGGCCCAUCCAGACUGCCUGAUGCUGAACUUCACGGUCAAGCUGAUCUCGGAUGCAGGCUACCAGGGCGAGAUCACGAGUGUGUCGACGGCGUGCCAGCAGCUGGAGGUGUUCUCGCGCGUGCUCCGCACCUCCCUGGCCACCCUGCUGGACGGAGGAGAGGACAACCUGGAGAAGAACCUGCCCGAGUUCGCCAAGAUGGUGUGUCACGGGGAGCACACGUACCUAUUUGCUCAGUCCAUGAUGUCCAUCUUGGCCCAGGAGGAGCAGGGAGGAUCGGCUAUGAGGCGCAUCGGCCAGGAGGUGCAGAAAUCAGCUCAUCAGAGGGGUCAUGAUGCCAGUCAGAUCACGCUGGCGUUGAGCACGGCUGCAGCGUACCCGCGGGCGUGCCAGGCUCUGGGUGCCAUGCUGUCUAAAGGAGCCCUCAACCCUGCUGACAUCACCGUCCUCUUCAAAAUGUUCAGCAGCAUGGACCCCCCCCCUGUGGAGCUGAUUCGUGUUCCAGCGUUUUUGGAUCUGUUCAUGCAGUCGCUGUUCAAACCAGGAGCCAAAAUCAACCAGGACCACAAACACAAGUACAUCCACAUCCUGGCCUACGCAGCCAGCGUGGUGGAGACCUGGAGGAAGAACAAGCGUGUGAACAUCAAUAAGGACGAGCUGAAGUCCACAUCUAAGGCGGUGGAGACUGUGCACAAUCUGUGCUGCAAUGAGAACAAGGGUGCCACCGAGCUUGUGGCGGAACUCAGCACCCUCUACCAAUGCAUACGGUUUCCGGUGGUUGCUAUGGGGGUGCUGAAGUGGGUCGACUGGACGGUCUCGGAGCCGCGCUACUUUCAGCUGCAGACUGACCACACACCUGUCCACCUGGCACUACUGGACGAGAUCAGUACGUGUCAUCAACUCCUGCAUCCUCAGGUCCUCCAGCUGCUCAUUAAACUGUUUGAGACGGAACACUCACAGCUAGACGUGAUGGAGCAGCUGGAGUUGAAGAAGACUUUGCUGGACAGGAUGGUCCACCUGCUGAGUCGUGGUUUCGUGCUGCCAGUGGUCGGCUACAUCCGCAAGUGUCUGGAGAAACUCAACACGGACAUCUCCCUCAUCAGAUACUUCAUCACAGAGGUGCUGGAUGUGAUUGCUCCUCCAUACACGUCAGACUUUGUGCAGCUUUUCCUCCCCAUCCUGGAGAACGACAGCAUCGCUGGGACCAUCCGCACCGAGGGGGAACACGACCCUGUGGCCGAGUUUAUCGCUCACUGUAAGUCCAACUUCAUCAUGAUCAACUGAGGCAUUCCAGCAGUUAACCAAUGAGAACGGAGCUGGCUGUGCUGUCACAGGGAGGCCAGUGCCCAGGCAUCAGAGCAACAGCGAGGAUUGAACUCUGUAUCAGCUGUGAGAUUCUUCACGUGUGUGAGCGUCUAUGACUACCUGUGUGUGUGUGUGUGUGCGUGCAUGAAGAGAAUCUGUCUUCAGCUAAAGACUGGAGUGUGUGUUUGGCAGGGAGGUUUCCAUACAGUGUGUGUGUUUUUUUUUAUGUAACAUUUUGUAUUCCAGUGAUGACGCCUGUAAUAAAGGUGCUGAUUGUGGAAAAA